AGAGCGCUACUCCAGAAUCUAGAGUUCAGGCCAUUCACUGUCUGGUUCAUAAACUGCCAGAGAGGAACAGAUUAGUGCUCAGUCUGGUUACCAAGCAUCUUGCCAAUGUUGCUGCCAACAGCAAACAGAACCUGAUGACAGUGGCGAACCUUGGGGUAGUGUUUGGCCCCACGCUCAUGAGACCGCAGGAAGAAACGGUGGCAGCCAUUAUGGACCUCAAGUUCCAGAACAUUGUGGUGGAGAUUCUCAUAGAACAGCAUGAAAAG